AUGACUGAUCCAGACCCUAAUAUUUCUUCAAUGCCCUCUCUAGCUGCUGUCAGCAUCAAACUGCCACCAUUCUGGCCUGCUGACCCAGAAGUUUGGUUUGCUCAAAUAGAGGCGCAGUUCACUAUGAGAGGAAUUACUUCUCAAAAGACUCGUUUCGAUUAUGUUGUCAGUUCUCUCAGCCCUGAAUUUGCUGUCGAAGUUAGAGAUCUUCUCCUUAGACCGCCAGACGAAGCUCCAUAUGACACACUUAAAUCCGAACUCAUCAAACGCACAGCUGCCUCGGAGCAACAUAAGCUGCAAGAACUCAUCAGUGGUGAAGAACUAGAGACCGUAAACCGACUCAGCUAUUGCGUCGAAUGCAGCAACUUCUUGGAGACAAACUCGGGAACUCAGCAGAUGCUAACCUCCUUUCUUCGUGAACUGUUUUUACAAAGGUUGCCUCCCAAUGUCCGUAUGGUACUCGCAUCAGCUGACACCUCCUUGGACCUGAGCAAGCUGGCAGACAUGCAGACAAAGUCAUGGAAGUUGUAA